GCCCAAGUCCAACAGUGUUGAAUGGGGCUUCCCACCAUCUCCACCCACACGAGCGGUUCUCGAUUUCCAUGCACACACGCAGUUCACCACACUUUUACACACACAUAUAUACAUACACACACUCACCCACAUAUAUAUAUAUAUGUAGAGGGAGAGAGAGAGAGAGAGAGAGAGAGGAGAGAGAGUUUGGCUGGUAGUUUCAGGCAUUAGCUUAUGUAUGUAUGUAUGUAUGUAUGUUGGUGGUUUCAAAAGUGAAAAAUUCGGGGAGUUGUGUGCGAGUUUUUCAUGUUUCUUGAUCCUCUUCAUCUGCUCUUCUUCUCUUUUUAUUACAGUCUUCUCAGACCCAUUUCUCACUUCUCAGAGUCCCGAGGAUAAUUUCUCGCUUGUUUUCUUGUUCCCUGUUUGCCUGAUUUCUUGUCCUUCUCUAUUCCUGAUUCCUUAUUUAGUGGCGUUUUCGCUCACACAGUAAAAGCGUUUUCUUGAUAACAUCUCCUUUCACUUCCAACAACUGUUUUUUUCUUGGGGUUUCAGUCACAAUGAACCUGCAAAACCUGAUGAACACUGCUCCAAAUGGGGUUCAAGAAAUGAGCUUUACAGCCCCGGAUCCUGCUCCUCAACUCCGAUUGGGUUGUUUCCAUGAAAGGAAAGGCAGUCCCAGAAUAGGGUUUGAUCAUCACUGCUUCAACACUCAGAAUAAUCUGAAAAAGCCGUGGGCUUUUCAGACGGUGGAAGAUGGAGAACUUGGGAGGAAAAAUGGGCACACAAAGCUGUGUGCUAGAGGGCAUUGGAGACCCCAUGAGGAUACUAAGCUCAAAGAACUUGUUGCCCAGUUCGGCCCACAGAACUGGAAUCUUAUUGCUGAGAAGCUUGAAGGAAGAUCAGGUAAAAGUUGCAGGCUGAGAUGGUUUAACCAGCUGGAUCCAAGGAUUAACAGGAGAGCUUUCAGUGAGGAGGAAGAGGAGAGGCUUUUGGCAGCACACAAAAUGUACGGGAACAAAUGGGCUAUGAUUGCCAGGCUUUUCCCUGGCAGGACUGAUAAUGCAGUCAAGAACCAUUGGCAUGUGAUUAUGGCCAGAAAGCACAGAGAACAAAACAGUGUUUACAGAAGGAGAAACAAUAACAAGGCUGCAGGGUUCUCUGUCAUGGACAUGAAUCUCCAGAUUCCAAAUGCAUGCAGUGAAUCAACAACUGUUUCUAGCAACAACAACAACAACAAUGUUGAUCAUGAAUCUGCUGCCUCAACCUGCACUGAUUUAUCUCUCACCCCUUCUUCUCUCAAACCCCCUCAUUUCUUCACCAGGUUCAGCCCAGCCCAUCACCACAUCAAUCUCAUGAAUUCUGAUAUUAUUGGAAUGGAAGGUGGAAAGAAUAUGAUGCUAAUCCUGGGCAGAAGUAAUGAUGAGUUAUAUGGAAAGGGGCCUGGCCCUGAGGCCAUUGCUGCAAAUGUGGAUGAUCAUCAAUCAGGCUACUCAGAUUCAAACUCUGAAGUUUCUGCAUCUGAGUCAGUAGCCAACAACAGAGCCAAUCUCUACAUGUGUGGGGAAAAUGAGAAGGGAAAAAUGGCAUUCAUUGAUUUUCUUGGAGUGGGAGCCACUUGAGAGAAAAC